AUGAUUCUGCCUGAUGAUGAAAAUCAGUCUACAGCUAGUCCUCCUAAUAAUCACAUACAUAAUCAAGUUGGCAUCAAAGUAAUCACAAAUGUCCCUACAGUUGGUCUCGAUUAUGGUGAUUAUAGUGAAAGUAAUCAUGUUGAACAAAUGCAUAGCAUUCAAAGAUACUAUCAUACUCAACACGAGUGGGAGCUACAUCCUGAAAGCGAAAAACAAAUUGGCCGUCAUGAUUAUCAUGGAACUAAUAAUAGUAAGUUUAAAAUAACAGAAGACCCCAGUAGGGGAGAUACUCCUGAUUUUGGUAGAACGACAUCAGUAGUAUCUUCUGAUCAACGAUUAAUAACUGAUUCGACAUUAUCAUCGCCACUUUCAACAGUAGUGCAGCAGUCCACUGAUCGGUUAGUCGAUGUAACAAUUAGAAAAAUUUCUCGAGCAAUUUUAACAUCAUCUUCAGCGUUAUUAGCUUUGAAAGACAUUAUUUUAAGGUUUACACAUGCUAGUGUGUCAACCCGGACGGCAGCAGUUGGACAGUUGAUAAAAGAUUGUCUAUUACAUAAAGAUUUUUAUUUUGCUACGUUGAACAAGAAAGAGAAUACUUUAAAAGCUCAAAUCGGUUAUCUGAAAUAUUUUUCUGCCGAUUUUGAUACUGUUUCGAAAAUGAAAUUUAUUCAUACAUUACAUAAAUAUGAGUACACAUUUUCUUUAUGA